AUGUGUCCGUUUCCGGUGCAUCGUGCUCACACACGGCGGCUUGACGCAGGUCUGGGGCCUGCUGUGUGGAGCGGAGAGAGCCUGGACAAAAAUGGCGUCUGCUGGAGACCCAGAGCGGGACACCGGGCUUCCAGUAUAAGCUCUUCACCUGGACAAAAGGUCCCACCGUACGCAGGCCUCUCGCGUGUUUACACCCCUUCACUCUGUUGUGUGGCCCCUAACAGCACCGACAUUGAGGCGGAACAGAGCGGGCUCUCUCCCGCCGUGAGGGAGCGGAGAGCUAGGCCCGGGCCGCCCAGAGCAGGAGCCGAGAUGCGAGAGGGGUCCCCCGGGCCCCGGAGCAGCAGAGGCCGCAGCAGAGGCAUGAGAGCCCGGGGUAGGGGCAGAGGAAGAGGCAGAGGAAAAGUCUCCAUUGGUGGAGGCUCGGAACUGGACACGCAUGAGUCCGGGAGAGACAACUUUACCUCGUCCCGCGGCCGCAGGAAAGUUGUCAGCGCAGCGGCUGCAUCCAGGAGCAGGGGCAGAGGCAGAGGCUCCAGGGGCGGCCGCGGGUCCAGAGGAGGUGUCAGAAGACCCCAGACCAAGGUGGUCUACGACGAUAACAGCGAGGAUGAGGAAGAUCACUUCAGCUACAGAUCGGACGAAGACGAGCUCUUAAACGACAACCCGUCCUCGGAUCUGGAAGAAGAGGAGGCCCUGGGAAACGAAUCGGACUAUCUGGAGGAGCUACCAGAGGAGGAUGAUGCCAGCUACUGCACAGAGAGCAGCUUCAAGAGCCACAGCACACACGGGAGCACCCCGGGCCGCAGAAGAAGUAGGCCAGUGCGACCAAGCUCUCCAAUAUUUGAAGCAAAGGAUGUUCCACCAUUGGAUCUUCCCAAGUCAUCUGAAGACCUUCUGGUGUCUUCAUGUCACCUGCUUGACAUCAUUGGGGUUUAUGAGGUUUUGCGUAACUUUGGCUCUGUGUUGCGCCUCUCCCCAUUCCGUCUGGAGGACUUCUGUGCAGCGCUGGCCAGCCAGGAGCAGUGCACGCUGCUGGCAGAGACCCACAUCUCACUGCUCAAGGCUAUUCUACGGGAAGAGGACACAUCCAACACCACAUUUGGUCCCGCUGACGUGAAGGACUCUGUUAACUCCACUUUGUAUUUUGUGGAUGGCAUGACUUGGCCUGAGGUUGUCCGCUCCUACUGUGACAGUGACCCUGAGUACAGACACAUUCUGCCUUUUUUAGACAAUGAGGAAUAUCCGUAUGACCCAAUGGAGAGUAAAAUUAAAGUCCUUCAGUUUUUAGUGGACCAGUUUUUGGCAACCAACAUUGCUCGAGAGGAGCUCAUGUCAGAAGGUGUCGUAGCAUAUGAUGAUCAUUGCAGAGUGUGCCAUCGCCUGGGAGACCUGCUUUGCUGUGAGACGUGUUCUGCUGUGUAUCACCUUGAGUGUGUAAAGCCCCCGCUACAAGAGGUACCAGAAGACGAGUGGCAGUGCGAGGUCUGUGUCGCCCAUAAAGUGUCCGGUGUGGCAGACUGCAUCCCUGAGGUGCAAAAGACCAAACCUUUCAUCCGACAACUGCCAAUUGGUUUUGAUCGGCAUCAUCGCAAAUAUUGGUUCUUAGAUCGCAGAGUUGUUGUGGAGGAGGAUGGUGAACAAGACAAAAACAUUUGGUACUACAGCUCCAAGGUCCAGCUCGCUGAACUCAUUGAGUGCCUAGACAAGGAUUACUGGGAGGCAGACUUGUAUGCUGCAAUUGAGGAGAUUCGAGAUGAAGUUCACACACACAUGGACAUCACAGAAGACUUGACAAACAAAGCUCGUGGCAGCAACAAGUGCUACCUCACCGUUGCAAAUGAGGAGAUUAUGGAGAAGCUGCGGGUAAAGAAAGAGGAGGAGCUGGAGGAGGUGAAGAGGCGAGCGGCUGACGAGGCAUUGAGAGCACGGAUGGAGCAGGGAGACAUGAAGGUGGAGAGGGACGACCCAGAGCAUGAUGAGGGUGCAGUGGAGGGAGAGGAGAAAAGCCUGACCCCCGAGGAGCUGGGGACCAGAGACCACAUCAAACCAGAGCCUGAGGACAGCGUGAAAACCGAAGAAACCCAGAUGCCCCUCUUUUCCAUUCCUGCGGGAGAGGAUAUCCCCAGCCUCAGCCAGCCCUCACACCCUGGAGAGGACGACAGCAACAGUCCAGAAGUCCCACCCAGGGGCCCAGAACCUCCAGAUCUGGCGGACAAGUCUUCUCAGUCAUCUUUAGCCAGCUUUGAUGAAGCAGGGGAAAAUAAAGGAGAUGGAACGCCUUCAGGAAGUAAGAAGUCUUCAGCCACUCGUAUGGUGACCCGACUUAGGAAUCCAGACAGCAAACUGAGUCAGCUAAAAAGUCAACAGGUACUUGUUGUGAAUGCACAAGGCGACAUCACCCGGAUUAGCACACGAAGUAGCAAAGACGUGGGGAUGAAAGGGACCCUAAGUCAAUAUUUCAAGCUUGGUCAAGAGGGCAAAUAUCGGGUCUAUCAUAACCAGUACAGCUCUAAUGGACUCUCACUAAACAAGCACCAGCACAGAGAGGACCAUGACAAGAGGCGACAUCUAUCACACAAAUUUUGCAUGACAGCAGCAGGGGAAUUUAAAUGGAAUGGGUCCAUCCAUGGCAUCAAGUGUCUCACAAUUUCCACUCUGAGACUCACAAUUAUCCAACUGGAAAACAAUGUCCCAUCUCCAUUCAUGCAUCCCAACUGGGCUUCACAUAGAACCAACUGGAUCAAAGCAGUUAUGAUGUGCAGCAAGGCUCGAGAGUUUGCACUUGCGUUGGCGAUUCUGGAGUGUGCCAUUAAACCUGUGGCUUUGCUGCCGAUCUGGAAGGACUCAUUGGGACACACUAGGUUGAAUCGCAUGACAUCCAUGGAACGAGAGGAGAAAGAAAAAGUGAAGAAAAGGGAAAAGAAACUGGAAGAUGAAGAAACACUGCAACAGGCUACUUGGGUCAAAUAUACUUUCCCAAUCAAGCAUCAGGUGUGGAAACAGAAGGGAGAGGAGUAUCGAGUUACUGGUUAUGGAGGAUGGAGUUGGAUCAGUCGGACAUAUGUGCAUCGUUUUGUUACCAAACUCCCUGGAAAUACAAAUCCCAACUAUAGAAAAGAGCUGGAAGAUGCCAAAAUGGGAAAGAAGUGUACAUUACUUGAUUUGAGUCGUCGAGUAAGUAUAACGGCAGUUGAAGACCAGGAAAUUGUACCUGGAUUAGUCGAUCCAACCAAAAGCUCAGAGUCAAAAGCUAAAAUUGAAGACGGAUUAUGCGAAGUGAAAGGUGAAGAAGAAAAUUCUGAGAGGAUUUUAUCAGAUGAAGCUUCAACAAAAAUGGAUUUGGAAACUCCCGGUCCCUUUUUGAAUAGAUGUCAAGACUUUGGUGACCUGAAGGACCCACUCUCUGUGAAGGAGGAGCCUGUGGAUUCUUUGGAGAAACCCUUCAAUUAUGAUGUAGUGGAUGUAAGCAAAGGAUUUCUGACACGAGUCGCCUACAAGAAGAUUGUGAAGGCCUCUAAACUAGACUCUCUGCUGGAGCGCCGGGUGAAGCAGCAUAGUUUUGAAGAGCAACAAAGAAGUCCAGACUCUGGAUCUAAACCGCAGACUCCUGCCAAGCUUUCCUCAACUCCAGCAACUUCUACUCGCUCUGAUACUGCCCUGCCUUCUUACCGCAAGUUUGUCACCAAAAGCAGCCACAAGAGUAUUUUUGUGUUGCCAUUUGAUGAUUUGAAAGUGCUGGCGAGACGGGGAGGCUUUCGUGAGGUGCAACUCUUCAACUACAAUUCCAAACCAGCACCAGAUAUUUGGCCAUACCCUACACCCAGGCCCACAUUUGGCAUCACUUGGAGGUAUCGCCUGCAGACGGUGAAGUCCAGGGCAGGUGUGAGCCUGAUGCUCAGACUGCUUUGGGCCUCUCUGAGGUGGGAUGACAUGGCCGUCAAGCCGUCCGCUGCAGUGGGCACAACCCGCACAGAGCAAUCUGACACUGAAAUAACCACCACGGAAAUCAUCAAGAGGCGGGAUGUGGGACCUUAUGGCAUUCGUUCUGAGUACUGCAUCCGCAAAAUCAUCUGUCCCCUCGGAGUGCCCGACACGCCAAAAGAAACACACACGCCACAGAGGAAGGGGCUGCGAUCCAGUGCCCUGCGGCCCAAAAAACCUGAGCCAGCCAAGCAGACUGGUCCUGUGGUGAUUGAGACCUGGGUGGCCGAGGAGGAACUGGACCUGUGGGAGAUCAGAGCCUUCUCUGAAAGAGUUGAGAAGGAAAAAGCUCAAGCCGCAGAGCAGGCCAAGAAACGUCUGGAGCAGAAGCCUGGGACACUCACCAUUACUCCAACAGGGACUCCUACUAUUUCUGCCACAACUCCCAAAGUGAUAGUUGGAUCGGUGUCAGGACAGGGUACCCCGAACGCAAAGGUGGUGCUGUCCACAAAGAUUGCCGGCAAUGUCACCUUCCAGCAGGGCAAGAACUUCCAGCAGUCGUUUGCCACAUGGGUCAAGCAAGGUCAAGCUCCUCAAGGCAGCGACACCACUGUGACUGUUGCUGGUGGGCAAACCUUCCAAAUUACUGGAACACCAAGUGGUGCUAAGGUUGUGUCCACGAAGCUGCCACUUCCUGCCAACAGCAAGAUUGUCACUGUCAACGUUCCAUCUUCUCAAGGAGGUGUGGUUCAGCAGAAAGUGUUGAGCAUCAUACCGUCCAGUACAGCAGGCAGUGCACAGACCUACACCACUUUACAGCCUCAUGGCACAACUCUCAGUAUUCGACCAAACACACCAGUGACUCAGCAGCAGGUCCUUACAGCUGGAGGUCAGAUACGCCCAGGAAUGACUGUAAUUCGGACCCCACUCCAGCAGUCUGGUGCCAUGGGGAAGACUGUGAUUCGAACUCCUCUUGUCGUUCAGCAAGGCCAAGGUGGUCAGCAGGUAGUGACUCAGAUCAUUCGAGGCCAAGCUGUUUCCACUGCAGUCUCUGGUGCAAGUGCUGUCGCCACAGUGGCCGGUCACGGUCCUGCCAGUCCCACUGCGGGACAAACACCCGGGGCGCCGCGAGCUCAAGGCCCAGUCAAAGUUAGCUUGGCACAACUCACACAACUCACACAGAAGCAGCAGCAGCCUGGUGUGGAGCGACAGCCUGGUGUCAGUGGGACGCAGCAGCCGCUCACAGUAAUGGUUCAGGGCCAGGGUCAGACCACCGGGCAGCUCCAGGUCAUUCCUCCCGGAGUGACCGUGAUCCCGGGUCCUGGUCAACAGCUCAUGCAGGCCACUCUUCCCACUGGGCAGAUGCAGCGUUUCCUUUUCACCCCCAUAGCUACAGGAAACCUCUCAAAAACGCCGGCCCAGCCUGCGCACCAAGCUGUUGCCCCAUUGCAGGCAGGUGCAUCUCCUCUGACCACAUCCAACACCCCAUCAGUGGCGACUCCCCAGGGACAGAUGCCUCCACAGAUGCCCAUCCAGUCCCCCACAUCAUUGCAGAUCAAGACCCCGGCGGGCAACACUCAGUUACAGCUUCAGCAAACAUCGCAGCUCAUCAAUGUGUCUGGACUCCAGCAGCAGGUACAGGUGUUGGCCCAGUUGCAGGCUCAACAGGGUGGAGCAUUGCCACAGCACUUCAAACUUCAGCUUCCAAUCCAGAUACAACAGACUGGGACCACCUCAGCUCAGGGAGGACAGAUUGGGAAUGUGGUUACAAUUCAGGCAGCAUCGGUGCAGGAGCAGCUACAGCGGAUCCAACAGCUCAGAGAGCAGCAGCAGCAGAAGAAACGGCAAGCAGCAGAGGCCAAAAGAGAACAGGCUCUCAACGCAGUCAAUCCCAAUGACAUCAUACAGAAACAGGUGGUUAUGAAGCAAAAUGCUGCUAUUGAACAUCUGAAGCAAAAGAAAACCUUGACACCGGCAGAACGAGAGGAGAAUCAGAGAAUGAUUGUGUGCAACCAGGUAAUGAAGUUCAUCCUCGACCGUAUUGAUAAAGAUGAGAGACAGGAGGCGAAGAAGAAGAAAAAAGAGGAGGUGGUGGAAGCCAAGAGGAGAUUGGCCAAUGCCAGUAAAUUGUCCACGCUACUGUUUCGACACAAAGAGAGCCUCAAGCUGGAGAUCCUGAAGAAGCGGGCUCUUCUCGACAAGGAGCUUCAGCUGGAGGCCCAGGAGGAGCUGAAAAAGGACUUGCUACGGAUGCAGCGCGAGAAGGAAAAGGCUCAAGCCGCCGCUCAACAGGCCGCUCGAGCCGCAGCCGCUGCCCAACAGCUCGCUCUGGCCCAGCACCACCUCGCCACCAGCAGCUCCGCCCACAAGAGGAAGCGAGACGAGGAACGGGACGCCAAGUGCAAGAAAAAGAAGAUGAUCUCAACCACAUGCACCAGAGACAACAAGAAGGACAUCAAGCUCUACUGCGUCUGCAAGACUCCCUACGAUGAGACCAAGUUCUAUAUCGGUUGUGACUUGUGCACAAACUGGUACCAUGGCGAAUGUGUGGGAAUCACGGAAAAAGAAGCAAAGAAAAUGGAUGACUACAUUUGCGUGGAAUGUAAGCGCGGCCAGGAGAGCAGCACGCAGGAGCUGUACUGCAUCUGCCGGACACCGUACGACGAGUCCCAGUUCUAUAUCGGAUGCGAUCGUUGUCAGAACUGGUACCACGGCCGCUGUGUGGGCAUCCUGCAGAGUGAGGCCAGCCACAUAGACGAGUAUGUCUGUCCCCAGUGUCAGUCUACAGAGGAUGCCAUGACCGUGUUCACGCCCCUCACGGACAAGGACUACGAGGGCCUGAGAAGAAUACUUCGCUCAUUACAGGCUCAUAAAAUGGCUUGGCCGUUUUUGGAGCCAGUGGACACCAAUGAUGCCCCAGACUACUACAGGGUUAUUAAGGAACCAAUGGAUCUCUCCACAAUGGAAAUGAAGUUGCAGAAACAUCAAUACAUUAAGCUGACAGAAUUUGUAGCAGACAUGACCAAAAUAUUUGACAAUUGUCGCUACUACAACCCCAGCGACUCGCCCUUUUACCAGUGUGCUGAGAUUCUGGAGACCUUCUUUGUCCAGAAGCUCAAAGGAUUUAAAGCUAGCAGGUCUCAUAACAACAAACUACCAUCAGCUGUCUCUUAG